UCUUUAAACGUCGUUCCUUUUCCACUUCAUAAUGACAUUUUCAUUUAAACCAAAGCUCAUUGAUUCGACAUUUAAUUUUAGAAAAUUGAUAAUAUCUGCGACAAAUACGAACACCCGUAAACUGGUAUGACAUACAGUGAUCCAAAGGAGCAAAGAACACAAAAGUGACCAACAAGGCGUAUCCAAGACUGAACAAAACAUUCUGACAAAAGUGACUGGUGAGACGACACAUAAUAAAGUGUGUUCUGCUUAUAUGCAAAAAGCGAGUUGUGAAAAUCAUCGUUUCAAUUCAACAACACAGCAUCUGUUUCUCAUGCUCGAAAUUUAAUGACUGUAAGUAAACAGUCGACACGGUUACAAUUUGUCAUUCGUCAUAUCGUUCACAUACAGAAACGCAGUGUGGUUUUUUUAAACAAAAACAUUUUGUGAUUGAUUCGAAAGUGAACAAAUUAAAACGAAAAAAAAAAGCAAAAAAUUUGUGAGUGUGUGGAACGAUAAAAAUAUGCAUCCGACUGUCGUUUUCAAUUAGUUCAGGAUGUUUUGAACGCAUCGUUUAGUUGUUGAUUGGUGAGAGUGUACUUGUUGCAAAAAGCAAACCAAUUUGGAACGUAUUCGUUAAUCCUCUCUGCCGUUCAAAUAUAAACAAUCAGCACAAUGUCUGCACCGUUUGAUGUGCAUGAUCGGAACAGUUAUUAUUUCGGAUCAAUGUCCCGCAAGGAAGCAACUGAUAUUUUAAUGAACGAACGGGAAUGCGGAGUGUUUCUGGUACGGGACAGUAGUACUAUCAUUGGCGACUUUGUGCUCAGCGUAAAGGAGGACAUCAAAGUGAGCCAUUACAUCAUCAACAAAAUCCAACAAAAUGACCUCACCAUUUAUCGAAUCGGCGACCAGUCCUUCUCGGAUAUACCGGAGCUGCUAGCAUUUUACAUACUGCACUACUUGGACACGACUGCAUUGAGGCGACCGGUGUCAAAGAAACUAGAUAAAGUUAUUGGAAAAUUUGACUUUGAGGGCAGCGAUGGUGACGAUCUACCAUUCAAGAAGGGCGAAGUGUUAUAUGUGAUAAAUAGGGACGAAGAUCAAUGGUGGACGGCAAAAAAUGCGGAUGGCCUGAUCGGUCAAAUACCCGUUCCAUACGUGCAGAAAUUCGAAGAGAAUCAUCUGAACAUACACAACAACAGCACAAUAGAACGACCGGGUUCCGGCGGCGGUGUAAAUAACAGUUUUUCUAGUCCACACCAGACCGACAACACGCUAAGAAAGUCUAAUCUCAAUCGAAAGCUGCCAGCUAUUGCGCGCGUGAAACAGGCUCGCGUUCCGAACGCUUACGAUAAGACCGCACUGAAAAUGGAAGUGGGCGACAUCAUCAAAGUAACGAAAACGAACAUUAACGGACAAUGGGAAGGGGAACUGAACGGCAAAACUGGCCAUUUCCCAUUCACUCAUGUUGAAUUUAUCGAUAAUCAGAACGAGGACUUUGAAUGAUUGCCACGCUCGAACGGCGAGCUUCUGAAAUAUUUUAUUUACAUUGAACGUUAAGUGGAUGGCAUCGUCGUCAAAUAUGAUUCCCUGUUCGGAGCAUGUACAAGUACAUGAACAUGCAGAAUCUCUUGAUCCGUGGAGCAAUGAGUGUGCAAGUGCAUGUGAAUUGUAGGGAAUUUAGUGUUUGUGGUAGACGAUGUUUGUGUUAUUUAGUUUCAUAGAUUUUUGACUAACAUUCGAAGUCUGUCGUGGUCGACUUUUUCGGAUUUUAUUUUGCAAAGAUUUUUUUUAUGGUUUUUGUGUGUGAGAGAGAGUGUAAAAAAUGAUGAGCUACAUUAUUGGCAGCUGGACAGAAAAUCGAACGCUGACUCAGUGUCGGACGUGUGUACAUAUAGAUAGAGUUUUAUUUUUAAAUAAUUUUUAUUUAAAUUGAUUUUAGAUUUUAUAUAGUCGCCGUUUCAGUGGACGGUCGUUUUAGUUUUAGUUUGUUUAACUUUACGUUCACUAGUGCAAUAGAGUUUUAAUUAAAAAUCAUCCGGCGCAAAUGUACGAACCCAAAUGGUUUAGUUAAUUUCGGGGCGGAUAUAACACUUUCGGAUGACUGAACAAUUUUUUUUAGUUGAUGUGAUUCUCUAGAUCUCAACGAGCGAUCAAACUGAAAUUACUGAAAAAGAAUCUAAGUCUUUCCGUGCACAAUUUCUAGAUUUUAGAUUGUUAAAGUAGCGUAGUGGCGCACUCAGCUGCACUUUAGAUAGCGAAUCUUAGUCAAUUUCUGUUGACCAGAAUCGGUUGUUAUUUUCACGAUUAUCCACCAAUCAUCGCGAUCAUUCAAUUUGCAGUUCAAUUAAAUUUCCUUCAAUGGAAUUUCCAAAUCUGAUUCAAUUCAAUUCGCCGUCGCCAAAGUUGGCAUAAGUUAUUUCAGAUAGACUACAUGUUUGGUGCCACUAGGACCGUAUCGCAAAAACAGCAUGGCGGCUAUUGGUAACUCAAACUGCAUUUCAGUACAAAAUUUCAACUGAACUGAAAUUGCGACACAAUUUUGUAUGAAAAUUACAGCACAGUUCAGUAGAUAACGGUCCCAGCGAUCGGUUUAUCUUCCACAUAUACCACCUUGUGUACGAGGUUCGGCAACAAUCAUGUCAAGUGAGUAACCUGUUAACAUUUUCGUGUUAAAACCAUUCAUUAGCCAGAAAAUUUUUCAGUAAUUUUCAACUCGAUGUAGAUUUUGGCGACAGGAUGAUUUUAGUUGUAUUGUCAUAAUAGUUCAAUUCUGAAUCCUAAAGACUCCGUGUCCAGAAAGUGUUAAGCGAUGGUCGACUAUUUUUUGGGGAAAGAACUUUCAUACAUUGUUCGUCGCGCUAAUAGCAAUAUGGUUGGUCUUAUAUCACACUAGUGAUUCACGUCAGCUUUAGAAAUUGAUUUUUUGUUUGGAAACUUGUCACAAUUUUUCUUUAUAACGCAAGAAGUAUUUAAACAGUAAAGAGUUUAAGAGUUGCUUUCACAUCACCAGUCAGUCAUCUUAAGUUCAUAAUUUUAGUAAAAUUGAAGAAGCUGAGAAGUCUUCUUCCAUUCAAUUCAAUUAGAAUGAUUUUCUCAUAAUAACAACUCAUAUAGGUGACUGGGUAACAGUCGAAAAAAAAGUGUUCAUUUAUGGGGUCGUGAUGCGCAAAAGACGUUACAUUCAUUGAAUUUUUGGUCUAUUUUACGCGAAAAUGGUAAUAUAGCGAAUGAAUAUAAAACACUGGAAAUCAAUGAAUGUACAUACCAGGUAUGGCCGAUUCUUCAUAAUCUGUCGAUUUCUCGUGUGUUAGAAUCCGUUUUUAAAAUCGUUAUUUCGUCCGAGGUUACCAUACCUUGGUGGUUUAUAUACAUUGCGGAAAAUGGCCAAGGUUCUGAAUGACCAGGUUAGGACAAUUUAAAGAAAUUUGUGUUAUGUUGGCAUAGCAUUAAUCGGCAUAUAUAGACUUCCUCAAACCUAGAUGGUGCCACCGCCUUCGUGAUCAACUCAGAUAAGACACUUUUUUCUUGGAAAUGGCCGAAUCAUACAAGCGCAUACAGAAGUUAUUGUUUUUUCGUCGAACGUACUCAUUUGUUGGGAAAAUUUAAAGUUAUGAUGAAUGAGUAUGUUGGAUGCAAAAACAAAAAAAAUCCGUAUGCCAGCAGACCAAAUUUUGUCAUUUGACCAUAAUUAGUAUUUUCUAUUCUUUUGCCAAAAAAGUCUGACGUCAUUUGUCAACGACCCCUUUUUAGCUUGCUGUCUAACGUUUUCGACUAACGAUGCAAAUAUGAUUAAUGAUUUCUGACUCAACAUAUUUCAUCUGCAGACAACGGUCUUAGCUCGUGUUAACGAUGCAGCACAAAAACAUUUAACUGCAUUCGGUGUUUUAAUCAAAAUGACAGAUUCUUUGUCAUUUCUCUCUUCUAGUUAUAUAACCAGAAAUGCAGAAUUUUUAAAUUGAUUUUUUUUUUUUUUUUUUUGAGACAUCGUAGUGAUGCAGUGUGUGGCAGUCAUGUAAAUUAUUAUUAUUAAUGAAACGUUUAUGUAGUUGUAUAGAUAUAGCCGAUAAGCAUUAUAUUAACAGCACAGUUUUCGCUAGUUCUGGAACAAUUUGUAUAAUCGAACGUAAUUUUAAUGAGAUGAAUAAGAAGAAGGAAAAAUCUAUUUAACUAAUUUUAUCUUGUCAUUCUCGUCCUAAUCAAUAAAAAAGAAAAUAAAAUUAUAAAAAAAAACAACAAAAAAUUACGCAUAUUUACAAAAUAACAAAAUAACGGAAAAGAAGGAAAUAAUCAACAAAAAUUUAAUAAAUUGCAAAACAUGUUACAUGAUCGAAGAAAAUGAUUCAUAAAUAUAUUUUAAUUAAAAUGAUUAGUAAUUCGUAGUGAUGAUGAUGAUAAUGACGAUAAUACUGCGCAUAUUUUUGAAAGAACAAAUAAAAAAGUGAAAAUUAAAAAAAAAAUCAGCUGAACAAAAUCAAUGACUAAAUUAUGACUUAUAAUAAUCAUACUUUAAAAACAACAACAACAAGAAGAAAAAUAAUCAGCCCAGCUACAAAUACAUGAACAUAAAUAUAUUUUCGUAUUUCUAUUGUACCUAUAGAUAAAAA